AGCAUAACUAUUGUUUUCAAUAUGACAGUCAAAUAAUAUUUUUAUAAAAUGAUAGUCAAAUAAUAUUUGUUCAAACAAAUAAUGAUAAAUAACUUUAUUUCUAUAACUUGAUCGCCCCAUAAUUAUAUAAAUCUCCUUUCAGUUGUCUCGAAGUUUUUCAUCAAGUUCUAUCAACAAUAUUCAGUUUACUAGAUUAGAAAUUUAUUUUAAGAAAAGAAAAAUGGCAAAGACAGCUUCUUCACUUGUUCUCCCCAUCAUCUUCCUUGUUAUGUUUGCUUUAGUUGCGCAGAAUAUGGGAUGCAUGGCAGUUCUUGGCUCGUGUGGUGUUAUUAGUGACUGCAGUAUGGCUUGCAAGUCUAAAUUUGGAUCAAACGCACGUGGCUACUGUGACCGAGAUGGUGGUUCUGGAACAUGUGUUUGCGUUUAUCCUUGUCCGGCUGAUAAGUCCCAUACGUUAUAGAUACAUGUAGUACUAUAAAAUCAAAAAUUCUUCAAAAUGUAUAAUUAGGAACACAAUAUUAAUGUCAAAACCGUGAUGCACGUUUUUCGUGAUAUUUUUAAAACUAUAUUUUGGAUCGAGACUUUGAUAUCAAGAAAAAAAAGUAGCACACAAUAUGCUUGUAUGCAUGUUGGUGGGGAUUGCGUUUUUAUCUGUGUUAACCAUCCUCUUUUCAUGUGUGUUAUCCAGCAUCUCUUCAUAAAUGUUUAUAUAUAAAUUAAACAUGUUUGACUUAAAAGUAUUAACAUAAAUAAUUUUAUUUUAUAAAAUAGUAUGUGUUUGAAUGAUAUAAUCAACCCCGUUCUAUAAUGUUUCUAACAUAUAUCAUACAUAUAUUUCUUAAAUUCUGAAGUAUAACAACAUGACUUCAUGGAAAAGACUGCAAACGGGCAGCAAACAAAUGUACAAGAUUAUUUUUUUUAAUAACAUUAUUAUGGGUGGACAAAGCCCGACCCUUAUCUCCAUCUAUAUUUUGUGGGAUAACGCGAUUUACUAAAUCAAACUCAAUUGAAAAAAAACUGCAAAGAUCAUGAACCAUUAACCAUUUGAAUAAAACUAUAUUUACCAAAUUUACAAAAUGGCUAUCUUUACAAAAUUUAUCUUAGUUAGUA